AUGGCAAGGGCUCCAGAAGAAGGAUUAAGUUUACCAGCUUUGAACAAAGAAAUAGAUCAAUAUUCAACAGAUCCAUAAUUUAUACAAUAAAUUGAAAAGCAUUUUCAAGAUGUUGUUAGAGAUUUUAGUGGGGACCCUGAUUUAGAAUUAUUCAAGAUAAAAUAUGAAACUCUUUAUAAUUCUCUCAAAGAAAGUUAUGAAAAUGAAGUGAGAUGGACUAAAAAAUGCAAAGAACAUAAUAGUGAGAUUGUAAUCUACACAUCCAAAGUUCAAAUGUCUUUAAAAAUGAUUAAUGAUGAUAAUCAAUAAUCAGAAAGCUUUUAAAAAGAAUUGGAGGAAAAAUGGAGAAAAAUUGAAGAUCUAAAAAUUAAGGAGAAGGAACUUAAAGAAAGAAUAGUGUAAGCAAAAAUUGAAGUUGAAAAUUUAAAAAAACAAUGCGAUAGAGUAGUUGAGGAUAUUGAAGAGUAAAGCUAGAUAUAAUUAAAUGAUAAAAAGAGAUUAAUAGACGAAAUUAAGAAGAAUUUUUAGAGUGCGAAAUCCAAAUUUGAAUAUUUAGAGUAACAGAACAAAAAUCUAAAACAUGAUCUCGACAAUGAAGAAAAAUAAUAUUAGGAUUAAAUUUAAAAGAUCAGUGAUUUAGAGGAUAAAAUUGCUAAAAUUGAUGCUGAUUCCAAAGAAUAAGAAAAGAGAAAGAAGAAAAAAGAAGUAAAAAUGGCUGAAAUUAAAUAAAAAAUUGAUCUAGCAAAAAAGGAAAUAGAAGAGAAAUAGUCAAGAAUUCAUGAUAUCAAAAAAUAAAUAGUUUCUACAAACAAUAAUAUAUUAAUUAAAAUCAAAGAAAAAGAAAGUUAGCAUACUAAGUAAAAGGAGGCCGAAGACAAAUUUGCUGCUGCUUAAAAGGAUAGAGAAAAUUAAGGCGAACAAUUAAGGAGUUAUAAAGAAUAAAUUAAAAUAUAAUAGGAACAAUUAGAAAAGUUAUAAAUCGAAAUCUAAAAAGAAAAGAAGGAAGUAAAGAAAACACAUAAAGAAUAAGAGAUAACAGCUAAAGAAAAAAAUAGAAUCAUAAAGGAAAAGGAAGAAUAACUCAUUGAAAAAAACACUAAAGAAAUGUUAAUUGAAACAGAAAAGAUUGAAUUACAAUAGAAGAAGGAUGUAUUAGACAAAAUAAAUGAUCAAAAUAGUCAAAGAAUUAAGUCAAGAACAUAAUAAUAAAAAACUUUAAAGAAACAAGAAGAUGUUUAACAUUAAACUGAUGAAGAGAUUGUGAAUAAAGUAAAUAAAUUGAAAAAAGUAGAAAAUUAAGUGAUGGGAUACGAAGCUAGCAAUGAAAGAAUAAAUAAAAUGAUUUUACAAUUAUAAAGAGAAUAAGAAAAGUAUGGUAUAGAGGCCUCGUAAGCUCAUGCUAAGUUCUAUUAGACUGUAGAAGAAGUUAAGAUAAAAAAUAAUUAGAUAGCUGAAUAAUAGAAAUAAAUUGCUGAAGCUGAGGCUAGAUUAAAACAUUAACAAUAAUUAUAUGAAACAGUAAGAAGUGAUAGAAAUCUUUAUUCGAAAAAUUUAUUAGAGAGUCAUAAUGAAAUCUAAGAACUAACUAAGAAAUAUACUAGAAUGAAGCAUUAAGUCGAUUAAUUAAAAGAGGAAAUUAAAACAAAGGAUUAACAACUAGUAAAAGAGGACCUUGAAUUUCAUAAGGUGGAAGAAGAAAAUGCAAAAAUUGAAUAAGAUAAGGCUAAAGUUGAAAAAAACAUCAAAGCAGAUGAAGAUUUAAUUAAAAAUUAAGAGAGUCAUAUUUCAAGAUUAAAAAAUAUUAUAUAAGGAGCUUAAACUGAAAAAUAAAGAUAGUAGAAGGACUAUGAAAUGGUGGUUAAUGAAAGAGAUAUCCUAGGAACUUAAUUAAUCAAAAGAAAUCAAGAAUUAUAAGUUCUUUAUGAGAAAAUUAAGUUAAACUAAUCAAGUUUGAGCAAAGGAGAAAUUAAUUUUAGAGAGAGAGAGAUUGAAUUAAAAAGUUUAAAAGAUGAAUUAACAAAUUUAAGAAAUGAAUUAAAAUCCACUUAAGACCAAACUGCUUGUAUUGAUGAACUAAGAAAAGAGAUUAAUAAUAUUGAAAAGGAAUUGCUAAAUGAAAAAAAUAAGGUCAAAGCCUUAUCAGAUGAAUUGGAAAAUCCUAUGAAUGUACACAGAUGGAGAAAACUUGAAGCUACAGAUUAAGAGAACUUUGAGAGAAUUCUAAAAAUUCAGACUUUGUAAAGAAGAUUGAUUGCAAAAACUGAAGAAGUGAAUGAAAAAGAAAAUUUAAUUAAAGAAAAAGAAAAAUUGUUUAUGGAGCUGAAAAACAUAUUAUCUAGACAACCAGGAGUAGAAAUACACUAAUAGCUUGCUCAAUAUAAGGAAUCCUUAAAAGAAAAUGCAGCCAAGAUGAAGACAACCUUAAGCCAAUUAAAGCAAAGUCAAGAUUAUGUCGAUAUGCUAAAAUUCGAAAUUGAUAGAAUGAAGGGUGAUUUGUAGGAGAUGAAAAAAACAUAUUUUUCAAUGAGAAAAGCAAAAGAUAAUGAUUUACUUUAAAAUGACUAGAAUGGAGAAUAAGAUAUGCCCCAAAAUAAUGGAGGAGCCAAUUAGAACGACUUGCAAUCCUAUGCAUUAUUUGGAGUUAAUGCUAAUAGAAUAGGAAAUUGA